UUGUUGGUACUUGUGUCCGUCGUAGUUUUCGUCAACAGCGGCGGCUGCUAGCUGUGGAUCCUUCCGCUGAUUCCCUCGUCGUAGUUUUCUCACAGCUGAUUUGAAGUUAUUUAGUUUGUAAUUUAAUUUAAUUUGUCAUCAUGGCAACGCGGACGCCAUUCGAAGUUAUUUCACACACUCGGAAAGUAUGCAGCCUCUACAAGCGAAUGACUAGGAACCUUCAAGCUUACUAUCACGACAGGGCCCAAUUCCGUUACCAAGCCGUUCUCCUCCGAGCAACUUUCGACAAACAUAAGGAUGAGAAAGAUAUGAUAAAAGCUACGAAAUUGGUUCAAAAGGGUGAAGAUCAUUUGUAUUCUCUACUGCAUUAUGCUCCGAUCAAAUUUCCCAAUUCUCCUGGAGGAGUGGCCUAUGACAGAAACGUUAUCAUACCAGAUGAGGCUGUCGAUUUCUGGGACCCAGUGGAGAAAGCCUUCUAUCCCAAAUAUUUCGCCCUUCGAGAGCAAAGGAAGAAAGAAUUUGUUGAACUAUGGCAGAAGAAAUAUGGUAAAGUUGAUCCCAAAGAGUAUGAGCAUCACCAUUAAUUAUGGGGUGUCAUUAGAUUCAACUGAUGUGUUUGGGACAGUGUAUUGUUAUAUGUAGCCGUCGAUUUUCAGGAGGUAUAAUUAUUUGAACAGAAAUGAAUACUGUACAAACUUGUUUACUAUCAAGGUUUUAAACUGUAAAUAAAGAGAACAAUUAAGCAUUUA